AUGGUACUGAGUAGCAGAAGCGGCUGGGCCUUGUUGGCCCUGGCCAGUGUGGUGCUAACGCUAGCACAAGCCUCCACAAUCCGUGACGUGAUCGCGUACCGCGCUGGCGAUGGUCCUCAGCCAACCGACAUCUCGAAGCUGACGGCCGAAAUCAUCACCAACGAUGGUUACCCGGUCGAGGAGCAUCAGGUCACGACGGCCGACGGAUACAUCCUGACGAUGUUCCGCAUUCCUGGAGGACCAGGAAAUCCUGCGCGCGAGGGAAAGAACGUGGCGUUCGUCCAGCACGGUUUGCUGUGCUCCUCGGCCGACUGGGUCAUCCUGGGUCCGGGUAAGGCGCUCGCGUACAUGCUUGUUGACGCCGGAUACGACGUGUGGUUGGGUAAUGCCCGCGGCAACACCAACUCCCGCCGGCAUAUCUUCCACGAUCCCGACGCACGUAAUACUGACUUCUGGGACUUCAGCUGGCACGAGAUCGGUUUCUUUGACCUACCGGCGAUGAUCGACUAUGCGCUUCAGUACACUGGGCAGACUUCGCUUCAGUACGCCGGACACUCGCAGGGUACGACCUCGUUCUUCAUCAUGACCUCGCUGCGACCGGAGUACAACCAGCGCAUCCGAUCGAUGCACGCCCUGGCCCCGGUAGCAUUCAUGAGCAACCUCCGGUCGCCCUUCGUGCGCGCCUUUGCUCCCUUCGUUGAUUCGAUUGACUGGCUGAUGCGUAUGUUGGGUGUGAACGAAUUCCUCCCUAGCAGCGACAUGAUGACCCUCGGUGGACAGAUGCUGUGCCGUGACGAGGCCCGCUUCCAGGAGGUGUGCGCCAACGUGCUCUUCCUCAUCGGUGGCUUCAACUCGGAGCAGCUCAACCGCACCAUGCUGCCAACCAUCCUGUCCCACACGCCGGCCGGUGCCUCGGUCAAUCAGCUCGUCCACUACGCCCAGGGCUACAACUCGGGUCGUUUCCGCCAGUUCGACUUCGGUCUUACGCUGAACCUCAUCCGCUACGGCUCGAUCCGCCCGCCAGACUACCCGCUGGAGCGCGUGACCGCUCCGGUUGCCCUCCACUACGGCGACAAUGAUUGGCUCGCGGCCGUCGUUGAUGUUCGUCAGCUGCACAACAGCAUUCCCAACUCGAUCGGACUGUUCCGGGUGUCGGAUCCGAACUUUAACCAUCUCGACUUCACCUGGGCCAUCGACGCCGACACGCUGCUGUACAACCGAGUAAUCAGCUUCAUGAACCGAUACAACUAA